GAAAACGGGGAAAAAAGCGAAACUUUCGUCAUUUUGCAACAAAUUCAACGUAAUCUUAUGCAACGAUAUAACAUUUCUAUUCGUCCCACGACUUUAUUAAAUCGACGGUUUGAACUUGAAACGAAUUUACAUCCUAAUUCGUAUUCUCGACCUUUACUUCUUACCCCACUUAUCACAAAAAAUCAUCGUUUGCUACACCUUGUCUUGGUAUAAAUAUCGAAAUCGAAUCGAAACAAAGCAUAGUUUACUCAAGUAGCAAACAAUAAACAAACACAAAAUGUUCAAAGCUAUUGUAUUCGCUGCCAUCUUGGCUUUGGCUGUUGCUGCUCCAGAACCAAAACCAAAACCUGGACUUGUAGCUGCCGCCUACACCGCACCAGUUGUUGGAGCUCCAUUGGCUUAUUCCGCUCCAGUCGUAUCUGCAUAUUCAGCUCCGAUUGUAUCUGCUUAUAGCACUUAUGGAUAUACAUCUCCUUACGUUUCUACUUAUCAUGGUGUAGCUCCAGCUGUUGCUGCUGCUUAUACUGCACCUCUUGUUGUAGCUUAAAUUUAUUUUCUUAUUUUGGAUGGUUAACAAAUAAAUGAUGACACAAUAUAA